AUGCUGGCCAGCCCGCGCGGCUCUCGACCCAGUGCCGCAGCUCCGACGGCGGCCACCGCUGCGCGCAGGAGCGCGGGGAGGUGGGGCGAGCCUGUGCAGUUGCUCCGCGAAGCUCUGCGGUAUCGUUUGGGGAUCAGCGCUGGGAUCCACACCUUGGCAGUCAGCGCCUGCGGGAAGCGCAAGCAGUGGCAGCAGGCGCUGUCGCUGCUUGGCGAGAUGGGCAGCGUGAUGCUGGAGCCAGACGUCAUCUCUACAACGCCGUGA